CUCUUUCACCUGUUGCUGGUGGCAUCUGUCUCUCAGGCUGAGAAGCUGGUGUGCAGGCGAAGAGGGGAUCCUGAGAACCCCCAGCUAUCUAAGGAUGGAGACAUUUUCUUAGGGGCAAUCUUCUCUUUCCACAGCAGCUGGAAAACCAGACAGGACAACUACAUGUACAAGCCACUGCCACUGCAAUGCACCAGAUUGCAUUUCAGAGGUUUCCAGUAUGCCCAGGCUAUGCGCUUUGCCAUAGAGGAGAUUAAUAACAGAACAGACCUGCUGCCUGGCAUUUCUCUGGGCUAUAAGAUCUAUGAUGCUUGUCGCUCCAUUGCCAGAGCUGUGAGGGUUACCCUGGCUUUGGCUAAUGGCAAUGAGGAGUUAUCUGCAUCCUUAGAACCACCAUCUUGUACCAGACCAGCCCAAGUGCAGGCCGUUAUAGGAGAGACCUCUUCCUCUCCUUCCAUGGCUAUAGCCACUGUAAUUGGACCCUUUCAUAUCCCAGUGAUCAGCCACUUUGCCACUUGUGCUUGCCUUAGUGAUAAAACCAAGUACCCAUCCUUCCUCAGGACAAUACCUAGUGACGACUACCAGAGCAGAGCCCUGGCACAGUUGGUCAAGCACUUUGGUUGGACUUGGGUUGGAGCUAUUAGAACAAAUGAUGAUUAUGGGAACAAUGGCAUGGCUAUAUUCACAGAAACAGCCCAGCAGCUGGGCAUCUGUCUGGAGUACUCUGUGUCUUUGUUUAGAACAGAUCCACCAGACAAAAUACAAAAGAUAGUUGACAUUAUCAAGGCUUCCACUUCCAAGGUGAUUGUCGCUUUCCUCUCCGCCGGUGAUAUUCUUGUACUAAUACACAAGAUGUCUCAACACAACUUGACUGGGUACCAGUGGGUCGGUAGUGAGGGCUGGAUCUUUGAUCCCAAAACUGCAACCAUGGAUAAGUAUCACAUUCUGGAUGGUGCCAUAGGCCUGUCCAUCCCCAAAGCACAUGUCAGUGGCAUGAGAGAGUUCAUGUUGGAUAUUAAGCCUCUCAAUUCAUCCGGUAAUGAAAUGUUUACAGAGUUUUGGGAGAAAUUAUUCAGCUGUAAGUUCAAGCAGUCAAAGUUGGCUGCAGAGAAUCAGAGAGAAUGUACUGGACAUGAGGAUCUGACUGGAGUGCAGAACAGCUUCACUGAUAUGUCGCUCAUGCCUAUCUUUAACAAUGUCUAUAAAGGAGUGUAUGCUGUGGCCCAUGCACUGCAUAGUAUGCUCAGCUGCAGUAAGACAUGUAACAACAAAGUGCAGCUAGAUCCAUAUACGAUUUUACAACACAUAAAAAGGAUUCAUUUCAAAACAAAGGAAGGAGAGGAAGUUUACUUUAAUGAGAAUGGAGACCCAGCAGCAAAGUAUGAAAUUAUAAACUGGCAGCCAACAGAAAAUGGUAUUGUGGACUUUGUCACAGUUGGUUUCUAUGAUGCAUCUUUACCUGCAGACAAACAGUUGAAUCUGCAAAAUAAGUCUUUAAUUUGGGCAAACAACUCACAACGGGUGCCUGUGUCAGUUUGCAGUGAGAAGUGUCCUCCAGGAACUCGCAAGGUUCUGCAGAAAGGAAAGCCUGUCUGCUGCUAUGACUGUUUCAGAUGUGCAAAGGGAGAGAUAAGCAACAAUACAGAUUCUAUCACCUGUGUGCAAUGCCACCCUGAGUUCUGGUCAAAUAAGAGAAGAGAUGCCUGUGUAAAGAAGGAGGCAGAGUUUCUAUCAUAUAAAGAGAUUAUGGGAGCACUGCUCACUGCAGCGUCCUUACUGGGAACAUGCAUCACUGCUGUUGUGGCAUUCAUUUUCUUCAGAUACAGGAAAACUCCUAUUGUUAGGGCCAACAACUCUGAGCUGAGCUUCCUGCUGCUCUUCUCCUUGACUCUGUGUUUCCUGUGUUCUCUGACCUUCAUCGGCCGGCCCUCUGAGUGGUCCUGCAUGCUGCGACACACAGUAUUUGGCAUCACCUUUGUCCUCUGUAUCUCAUGUGUUCUGGGGAAAACUAUAGUGGUGUUAAUGGCCUUCAGGGCAACACUUCCUGGUAGUAAUGUGAUGAAAUGGUUUGGGCCUGCACUACAGAGGCUCGCUGUUCUGGCAUUCACUUUUGUACAAGUUAUCAUAUGUAUCGUCUGGUUAACAAUUUCACCUCCUUUUCCAUUCAAGAACUUUAAACAGUUUAAAGACAAAAUUAUUUUAGAGUGCACUCUGGGUUCAGCUGUAGGCUUUUGGGCUGUGCUUGGGUACAUUGGACUUCUGGCCAUGUUCUGUUUUAUUCUUGCUUUUCUGGCUCGGAAACUCCCUGAUAAUUUCAAUGAAGCCAAAUUUAUCACUUUUAGCAUGCUGAUAUUCUGUGCAGUAUGGAUCACCUUUAUUCCAGCAUAUGUCAGCUCCCCUGGGAAGUUCAGUGUUGCUGUGGAGAUAUUUGCUAUUCUGGCCUCCAGUUUUGGACUGCUCAUUUGUAUUUUUUUCCCAAAAUGUUAUAUUAUCUUACUGAAACCUGAAAAGAACAAAAAAAAAGAUAUGAUGGGGAAGGGGGCAUCAAAGUCCACAGAGGCUGAGGAGCUGGUGUGCAGGCGAAGAGGGAAUCCAGAGAACCCCCAGCUAUUUAAGGAUGGAGACAUUUUCUUCGGGGGAAUCUUCUCUUUCCAUAGCACAUGGAAAGACGGACAGGACAACUACAUGCACAAGCCACUUCCACUGCAGUGCACCAGAUUGCAUUUCAGAGGUUUCCAGUAUGCCCAGGCUAUGCUCUUUGCCAUAGAGGAGAUUAAUAACAGAACAGACCUGCUGCCUGGCAUCUCUUUGGGCUAUAAGAUCUAUGAUGUCUGUGGCUCCAUUUCCAGAGGUGUGAGGGUUACACUGGCUUUGGCUAAUGGUAAUGAGGUGUUAUCUGCACCCUCAGCUACACCAUGUACCAGACCAGCCCAAGUGCAGGCCAUUAUUGGAGAGACCUCUUCGUCUCCCUCCAUGGCUAUAGCCACUGUAAUCGGACCCUUUCAUAUCCCAAUGAUCAGCCACUUUGCAACUUGUGCUUGUCUUAGUGAUAAAACCAAGUACCCAUCCUUCCUCAGGACAAUACCCAGUGACAGCUACCAGAGCAGAGCCCUGGCACAGUUGGUCAAGCACUUUGGUUGGACUUGGGUUGGAGCUGUGAGAACUAAUGAUGAUUAUGGGAACAAUGGCAUGGCCACAUUUACAGAAACAGCCCAGCAGCUGGGCAUCUGUCUGGAGUACUCUGUGUCUUUUUUUAGAACAGAUCCACCAGACAAAAUACAAAAGAUAAUUGACAUUAUCAACGCUUCCACUUCCAAGGUGAUUGUCACUUUCCUCUCCCCAACUGAUAUUGAUUUACUUAUAGAAAAGUUUUCCCACCGCAACUUGACUGGGUACCAGUGGGUUGGUAGUGAGGCCUGGAUCUUUGAUCCUGAAACUGCAGCCAUGGAUAAGCAUCACAUUCUGGAUGGUGCCAUAGGCCUGUCCAUCCCCAAAGCACAUGUCAGUGGCAUGAGAGAGUUCAUAUUGGAUGUGAAGCUGCUCAAUUCAUCUACUAAUGAAUUGUUUACAGAGUUUUGGGAGACAUUAUUCAGCUGUAAGUUCAAGCAGUCAAAGUUUUCCGCAGAGAAUCAGAGAGAAUGUACUGGACAUGAGGAUCUGACUGGAGUGCAGAGCAGCUUCACUGAUAUGUCACUCAUGCCUAUCUUUAACAAUGUCUAUAAAGGAGUGUAUGCUGUGGCCCACGCACUUCACAGCAUUCUUAGUUGUAACAAAACAUGUAACAUGAAGGUACAUCUAGAGCCAUAUACGAUUUUACAACACAUAAAAAGGAUUCAUUUCAAAACAAAGGAAGGAGAGGAAGUUUACUUUAAUGAGAAUGGAGACCCAGCAGCAAAGUAUGAAAUUAUAAACUGGCAGCCAACAGAAAAUGGUAUUGUGGACUUUGUCACAGUUGGUUUUUAUGAUGCAUCUUUACCUGCAGACAAACAGCUGAAUCUGCAAAAUAAGUCUUUAAUUUGGGUACCUGUGUCAGUUUGCAGUGGGAAGUGUCCUCCAGGAACUCGCAAGGUUCUCCAGAAAGGAAAGCCUGUCUGCUGCUAUGACUGUUUAAGAUGUGCAGAGGGAGAAAUAAGCAACAUUACAGAUUCUAUCACCUGUGUGCAAUGCCACCCUGAGUUCUGGUCAAAUGACAGAAGAGAUGCCUGUGUAAAGAAGGAGGCAGAGUUUCUAUCAUAUGAAGAGAUAAUGGGAGCACUGCUCACUGCAGCGUCCUUGCUGGGAACAUGCAUCACUGCUGUUGUGGCAUUCAUUUUCUUCAGAUACAGGAAAACUCCUAUUGUCAGGGCCAACAACUCUGAGCUGAGCUUCCUGCUGCUCUUCUCCUUGACUCUGUGUUUCCUGUGUUCUCUGACCUUCAUCGGCCGGCCCUCUGAGUGGUCCUGCAUGCUGCGACACACAGCAUUUGGCAUCACCUUUGUCCUCUGUAUCUCAUGUGUUCUGGGGAAAACUAUAGUGGUGUUAAUGGCCUUCAGGGCGACACUUCCUGGUAGUAAUGUGAUGAAAUGGUUUGGGCCUGCACAGCAGAAACUCAGUGUUCUGGGUUUCACUCUUAUACAAGUUAUCAUAUGUAUCCUCUGGUUAACAAUUUCACCUCCUUUUCCAUUCAAGAAUUUUAAGGAAUACCAGGACAAAAUUAUCUUAGAGUGUGCUCUGGGUUCAGCUGUAGGCUUUUGGGCAGUUCUUGGGUACAUCGGACUUCUGGCCAUGUUAUGUUUCAUUCUUGCUUUUCUGGCUCGGAAACUGCCUGAUAAUUUCAAUGAAGCCAAAUUUAUCACUUUUAGCAUGCUGAUAUUCUGUGCAGUAUGGAUCACCUUUAUUCCAGCAUAUGUCAGCUCCCCUGGGAAGUUCAGUGUUGCUGUGGAGAUAUUUGCUAUUCUGGCCUCCAGUUUUGGACUGCUCAUUAGUAUUUUUGUUCCGAAAUGUUAUGUUAUCUUAUUGAAACCAGAGAAAAAUACAAAAAAGAAUUUAAUGGGCAAGGGAGCACCAAAAUCCUUCUGA